UUAAAUGGAUUUUUAAUUACUAAUGUGUUAAAAAUUAUUUUAAUCUUGAAAGUGAUAAUGGAGCCUGGUGGAACAUUAAAAUCACCUGGUUAAUUAGCUACGAUUCAAAGAACCCAAUUAGUCAGUCAACCAAUAAAUUUAAACAAAAUUAUGUCAUCAACUAGUCAUAAAUGGUGUAAUCAAAAAUGAAAAUAAAUACUGAUAAUGUACAUUUUAAAUAUUCAGGAAAUAAAAUUUAUAAAUUUUUUAUAUUUUUAUGUAUUUGGAAGAUUUGUAAUGCUCAAAAUCAUCCACCACAAUUUAUUAUUGAUGGACAAAAUGAAAUUGUUGUCAAGGUUAAAGAAGGUCCAGAAACACCAGUUGGUAAAUUAAUUCACACACUGACUGGACGUGAUGAAGAUGGUGAUCCAUUAAUAUUUGGAAUAAAACAUCAACCUGGUGCCGAUGUAAUAAAGCUAAAAAAUACUGAUAAAAAUAAAGCCUACAUUUACCUCAAUAAACUACUAGACAGAGAAAUACGUGAUGAAUAUUUAUUAAUAUUAACACUAACUGACAACAAACUUGGUGAUGGAAAUUAUAUCGAACAAAGUUUUUUACUACUUGUUGAAGAUAUUAAUGAUAAUGUACCAACAUUUCUAUCACAUCCAACAACCCUGACUGUUAAAGAAAAUUCAGGACCAGGUAAAUUAUUAACAGUUGAAGCAAUUGAUGCUGAUGAAGGUGUACAUGGACAAGUUAAUUAUCAACUACAAGAACUUGAUGGUGAUAAUGAUGUAUUUAAAAUAACAAAUAUCAAUGGUAAAGGUGUUAUAAGUCUUGUUGGUCAAUUGGAUUAUGAAAAAAAAUAUUUAUAUCAAUUACGAGUACUUGCAACAGAUCGUGCCAUCAGUGGAACGAUUAAUACUGGAACAAGUGCUAUAUUGGUCAAGGUACAGGAUGUUGAAGAUCAACCACCUGAAUUUAUUGCCAUGACGCCAGUUGUUAGAAUAAGUGAAAAUGCCAAAAUUGGUACCUCAGUUCUUCAAGUUAGAGCUAUUGAUGGUGAUAAAGGAAUAAAUAAUCGUGUAACAUACAGUAUAAUUGAUGGACCUGUUGAUUUAUUUGGAAUAAAUUCAAAUACUGGUGUUGUAUUUACACGUGCACAACUUGACAGAGAAGCUGAAGAUAAUUAUGAUGGUACAUUUAUCAUUAAAAUAAAUGUUAAAGAAAUAACAACAGCACCAUCAAUAACAAGUCCAACAGUAUCAACUGAAGUUACAAUAAUUUUAACAGAUGUUAAUGAUGAAAAACCAAGAUUUCGUAGUGAUUAUUAUACUGCUGAAAUUAAUGAAAAUGCACCAUAUAAUACACCAGUUAAUUUUAUUGGUAAUUCAAUACCAGAAAUAUAUGAUCAUGACUUGGGAACAAAUGGUACAUUUAAAAUGUAUAUUAAAGAUGAUGGUGGACGUUUUGAAAUAACACCAUCACGUGGUAUCAAUGAAGCACCAUUUUUAAUACGUGUUAAAAAUUCAAUGAAACUUGAUUAUGAAGAGUCAUCAGUUAUUAAUUUUACACUUGUUGCUGAAGAAAUUGUUAAUAUUAAUCCAAAAAAAACAAGUGUACCAAUAACAAUAUUUAUAAAAGAUCAAAAUGAUAAUUAUCCAGAAUUUAUAAAAGAUAUUUAUGAAGUUAAUAUACCAGAAAAUUGUGAUAUUGGUACCACUGUUGCAUGGAUACAAGCAACUGAUUAUGACAGUGGUAAUUAUGGUACACAAGGUAUUAGAUAUACAAAUUUAGGUGGAAGUAUUGCAUAUGCAUUAAAAUUUAAUUUAACAAGUGGUAUUAUAACUGUUAAAAAUACAGGACCAGGUUUUGAUAGAGAACUUGUAUCACGUCAUUAUUUAACAGUUGAAGCACGUGAUGAUCUUGGUAAAGGUAAUAGAAAUACAGCUCAACUUGUUAUUAAUAUUGACGAUGUUAAUGACAAUGCACCAAUUUUUUUACAAACAAAAUAUGAAGCUGUACUUUUAGAAAAUAAAAAUGAAUUUGAAUCACCACUUGUUAUUGAAGCAUUUGACAUUGAUUUAAAUGGAACUAAAAAUAGUCAAAUAAUAUAUUCAAUAAUAAGCAAUGAAUUUGCAAAUAAUUUUACAAUUGAUACAAAACAUGGAAUAAUUAAACCAACUGGUCCAAUGGAUUUUGAGGCAUUGCCAAUAAGCCAAGGACACAAAGAAACAUCUGUACGUCAAUUAAAAUUAAUAGUAAGAGCAAGUGAUUUAGGAACACCAAGUUUAAGUUCAGAUGCACCAUUGACAAUUUAUUUUAAUGAUGUUAAUGAUAAUACACCAGUAUUUGAACAGCCAUCAUAUCAAACAUAUAUCAGAGAAGAUUUACCUGGUGGUACAAGUGUCAUGCAGGUAAAAGCAUGGGACAGAGAUUUAUCAUCACCAAAUAAUAAAUUAGUAUAUCGUAUUCAAAGUGGUGCACAUGAUAAAUUUAUAAUAAGCCCAGAAAAUGGAAUUAUUAAAAUAGCACCUGGAUCAAAUUUAGAUCCAGAUUUAACAUCACCAAAAACAAUUGUUUAUUUAUUAACAGUUGUUGCUAUUGAUAGUGGUAAUGAAAUACAAAAAUCAGCUGAAGUUAUUGUUAAUAUAACAAUUAUUGAUGUUAAUAAUAAACCACCGGUUUUUAUUGAACCAGGUACAGUAUCAAUUAAUGAAAAUACACAUGUUGGUGCUUAUGUACAUCGUAUUAUUGCAAAUGAUCCAGAUAUUGCACCAAAUUUACGUUAUAAAAUUGAUCAAAAUACAUCAGAAGCAAGAAAUGAAGAAGGUACCAUUAUUAAAAUACAAGAAUAUAAUUAUUUAUCAGCAUUUGAGCUUAAUGCUGUUGAUGGAUUAUUAAGAAUUGUUAAAUUAAUUGAUCGUGAAAAAGUUGAAACAAUAAGACUUGGAUUAAUUGUUGAAGAUCUUGCUGCUGUUAAAGGUAAACAAAUAUCAUCAACAAUAUUAAAUAUAAUAAUUAAAGAUGAAAAUGAUAAUAAUCCAAAAUUUCGUCGUCCAUUUUAUCGUCGUUCUGUUACGGAAAAUAGUAAAAAUGGUGUACAUAUUGCAAGUAUUGUUGCUGAUGAUGCUGAUAAAAAUCGUACAAUAACAUAUUCAAUGGAAAGUACAAAAGAAAUAUUUGAUCUUGUUAAUUUAGAUCCUGAAACUGGUGAAAUUGUUGUAUCAAAUAAAAUUGAUCGUGAGACAUAUUCAUGGUUAAAUUUUACUGUUAGAGCAACUGAUUCUGGUAUACCACCAAGAUCAAGUUUAGCUGAGGUAUAUGUUCAAGUUUUAGAUGAAAAUGAUAACAAUCCAUAUUUUAUAACAGACAUUGUUAAUAUAACAAUAAUGGAAAAUUUAAAAAUUGGCACUGAAAUAGCAACAAUACAAGCAAAAGAUCCAGACAGUGGUGAUUAUGGAAAAAUAACAUAUCUUCUUGAUCGUAUAUCAUCACAGGGAAAAUUUAGCAUUAAUCCAGACACUGGAAUUUUAACUGUAGCUGAUAAUAUUGAUAGAGAAAUAAAAACAAAUUAUUUAUUGAUUAUUGAAGCAUGGGAUAAUUAUCAUUUUGGUUAUACAGCUGGAGAAGCAAGAAAUGCAUUUAAACAAAUCGAAAUAAUCGUCAAUGAUGUCAAUGAUAAUUCACCAAAAAUUGACAUAACACAAGAGUGCAUAACAAUAUCAGAAUUUCAUGAUUUAAAAGACAUAAUAACAACAAUAAAAGCACAUGAUGCUGAUGAUCCAUUGACAAAAAAUGGAAGAGUAUUAUUCAAAAUUUUAUCUGGUAAUGAGCUGGGUUUAUUUAGCAUUGAACAGAUAAAUUAUUGGACAGCUAAAAUUAAAUUAGUAGGAUCAUUACAAGGUUUAUUUGGUAAUUAUUCAUUGAAUAUUGAAGCACGGGAUUUAGGAACACCAUCAAAUAGUGAUAAAAAAAUAUUAAAUAUAUGUGUAACUGAUUACAAUGAUAAUCCACCGAUUUUUAUAAGUCCACAACAUAAUACAACAAUAAGAGUACCAGAAAAUAUAACAAUUGGUUCAUCAAUAAUUCAAGUUGAAGCUAGAGAUGCUGAUACUGGAUUAAAUGGUGAAGUACAUUAUCGUUUGAAGCAAGAUCUUGCCGGUCAUUGGCGAACAUUUUCAAUUGAUGAUAAAAAUGGUAGCAUAACUGUUCGACAUUCACUUGAUCGUGAAACCCAAAAAUUAUAUGAAAUAAGAAUUGAAGCAUAUGAUCUUGGUACACCAACAUCAUUAACAAAAGAUUUAGAUCUUAUUAUUUAUGUACGUAAUAUAAAUGACUAUGAGCCACAAUUUUUAGUAAAUUUAUUUGAAGUUAUAUUUACUGAAGAAAAAAUACCAGGUUCAGAAAUAUUUAUCCUACCAGAAACAAUUGAUCGUGAUGAAGUUGAUGAAUUAGAUGAUCCACCAACACAAGUAUGUUAUUUUAUUGUUGGUGGAAAUGAAGAUGGAUAUUUUAUUUUGAAUAAAUUAAAUCAUACAUUAACAACAGUUAAAAAAUUAGACAGAGAACAACAAGAUGAAUAUUCAUUAUUGAUAAAAGCAACUGAAGAUUGUAAUAAUGUACCAGCAAAUGAAAGUUUUUUUGAGGAAGAUGAUGAUACACUGUUAAAGGUCACUGUUAAAAUAAGUGAUAUCAAUGAUAAUCCACCAAAAUUUACAAGUGAUGUAUUUACCGGUGGUGUUACAACAGAAGCUGACUUUGGAACUCAAUUUAUGUUUAUCAAGGCUAUUGAUUUGGAUACCGGUGAUAAUGCAGCAGUUAGUUAUUAUCAAGUCGGUAAAAUACAAAUGACAUUAACCGAAGGACUUGAGGAUAUUAAACUUCAGCCGUUUCUUAUUGAUCGACUGACUGGUGCUGUUAUAUUAAAUUUCGAUCCACAACCAAGAAUGAAAGGUUAUUUCGAUUUUAUGGUAUAUGCUAAUGAUUCAGAGGGUCUUCAUGAUACAGCACGUGUAUUUAUUUAUUUAUUACGUGAAGAUCAAAGAGUGAGAUUUGUAUUACGACAACAUCCUCUUGAAGUACGUAAUAGAAUUGAUGUUUUUCGUGAAAUAUUAGGUAAUGUUACUGGUGCAAUAAUAAAUGUUGAUGAAUAUAAAAUUCAUGAAAAUCAUAAUGGUUCUGUUGAUCGUACUAAAACUGAUUUAUAUAUUCAUCUUGUUGAUAGACGUGAUAAUUCAAUUCUUGAUGUAUCACAAGUACUUGAAUUAGUUGAUAAAAAUAUUGAAAAAUUGGAUAAUUUAUUUAAAGAUUUUAAUGUAUUAGAUACACAACCAGCUCAAGCAUUACCAAUUGUUCAUUAUGAACAAGCUGCAACGACAUUUUGGCUACUUGUAUUGACAUUAUUUUUAGGUGCAUUAUUAUUGUUGUGUAUUACAUUGUGUUUAUCACAAAGAGCAUCAUUUAAGCGUCAAUUAAAAGCAGCAAAUGCAUCAACAUUUGGUACAAAUGAUACUGAAUUUAUUCGUGGUCCAGCAAGAGUUCCAAAUACAAAUAAACACAGUGUUGAAGGAUCAAAUCCAAUUUGGAUGCAUGCUUAUGAAAAUGAAUGGUUUAAAAGUGAUGAAUCAUUUAGUCAUAAUUCAGAGAGAGAUUCACUUGAUGAAAAUGCAUUGAAUAAUGAAGAAACAAUCAAUGAUGGAAGAACUACUGAUGAAAAUCCAUAUUAUACACAACCAGAACAACCAACUUCUUUUUCAAGCGUAGAAACUGAAACUGAUAACCAAAAUAUUUACUGUCGUGAAUCACAAAUUUUUAGAAAUCCAAAUCCCGGAAAUACACUUGGAAAAAAAGUUGAGACAACUGAGUUGUAAAUUUUUUAUUUCGAUUACUGUAAUCUUCUCUUUUUUUUUUUUU